GUGGGAAAGGCUGACAGAUAAACAUUUAUGUGCGUUAGGCGUCUACGCUUCGUAGUUAGUUCAAAGCGAGAGCAAUCAGCGAUCACGACGGGUCUCCACACUCGACGUUCUCUUCAACUGUGCAAUCCGGAAAAGAACGGGAACCCAUAAAACGGGUAAAAAGAAGAAGAGGAAAAAUAAAAGGGCAGAAACGGGAGAAGAAACUUUCUCGCGUUUUCUCUACCACGUGUUUACCUCGACUUGCAGCUAAUGCAAUUGUUCGACUCGACUGUGCAAGUCGAAGAGUUUCUUCAAGCAAGGAAGAACGAUUCGAGAUCUAUUUGAGAAAAAAUAGAAAGUCUGUCUCUCUGCAAACGCUGCUGAUGGGAGUUGCAACGAUUUACGCUGACAACUCCAAUUUGAUAUCGUCGUCAAUUUAAUAUUCUUCACUGAUCGAUCAAAUCACCAUGGAUUUCGUUUACAUACCGGAAGUGUUUACCUACGGGUAUUCGAGAAAUGCGCAGUACCGCGACUACGAGCAGCCGUGGAACCGGGACUACUUAAAGUGCAGCAGUAGCAGCAGAAAAUCAGCGGAACAUCAACGCGCGAUGCAGCAGCAGUAUAAAGAAAGCUGUUAUUUGUGCAAGGAAACGAAAAGAAGAAACUUGGCGGUUUAUAUAAGGAGUAAAUCACGAAGUGACUCCUGUCAUGGAAUCCACGAGGAAGAAGAAGAGAUCGAUGCAAUACACGGCGAGAAGAAAAACGCAAGUGUCAAGCAAGAAAAAUGUGUGACAUCAUCGUGCAAUACAGACGCACGGAAAUCUUAAUAAUUCUUUCAAACAAUGAACAAUAACGGUAACAUUAAGUUUAAGGGGCAUAACGUGCACACAGAAUACGUAAAUACGUACGUGUACGUAAAUUAACAAUUAACGAUAUGAAACCUGUGCUUAUUAUUAUUAAGUCUCCUAUCUCUUCAUUUUUAAAGUAUGUUUAUAUAAUAUUAUAAGAGAAAACGGACAUAGUCUCAUAAGACUUUUUUAUAUUUUAUGUGUAUAUAUAAUCAAUUAUCUUUUAAAAUGAAGAUAUAGCUUUAAUUAAGAAUACAGAUUCAGACUAAGAUUUUAUCGAUAUAUAAUCGCUGUGAGCGACAAUAUUUUAAGUAACGAAAGAUUAAUACGAAGCAUAUACUUGAUACAAUUGCGAGCAAGAAACAUCAUUUUGGUGUUCUUAAAUCAGUUUCAGCACUGCUAUUCAUUAUUGGCAUUUUUACUGAUUUUCUUGAACAUAUUAAGUAUGCAAAUUCGACAUUUUUCUUUAAAUUUGAAUCAUUUAAUAAUUUUUAUCUAAAAAAAAUCGCUUGGCUAUGUCGCAUUUUAUAGACAUUAAUUGCAGCACAUUAAAACCAUAAUAUAUUGAGAAAUAUUAAUACUUAUAUCUAAAAUGAUUAUUAAAAAGAGGUAAAACUAAUAAAGACACCAAACUAAUUUAAACACCUAAUGUAUCAAAAAAAUCAGUGAGAAUACUAAUGUAUCCUAAUGAAUAAUUUUCCUAAAAACUUUUAACUUGUACAAAGGAAAGAAUGGAGAAAGAAGAGAUCUUUAUAUUUUUUAUGUUACAUGUAACGAAUAUUUUAUCGUUACGUUUGUUACCAAAAUUAGCAAUAAACUGCGGACAAAAAUACGCGAUAAAGUAUUUAACUGGUUUGUAGAGCCUGCAGAACUUCAAUAUCCUUAACUUUGAAUUUUCGGACAAAAGUUUUUGAUUUUGAUAAAUAUAUGAUCUCAACACAUUAUGUACGGAUCAUGGAAUAUGUCGCGUUUGCGCUAAAGUACAUUACAAAGUGAUGAUUAAUCUCAUUCUUACGUUUCGUUCUAAAUGCAUAUAAAAUUUAUAAUUUAUAAAUUACAUGUGAAUCUCUAAUCGAUAAUUAUGUAGAAAAACAAAAAACAAAUGCAUAUGAAAGAAAGCAUUAUUCUGCCAAAAAAAGCCCAUAAAGCAAACGUGUACUGUACCGAAUAUUUUAUCAUUUUAAGAUCAAUUAAAAGUUAAUGGUUUGUCGUAAUUGUAAAAAAGUAAUUUUCGUAUCUGUACAUAUAUAUUUUAAUAUAUAAGUCCAUAAGUGUAUAUAAAAAGAGCCGAGUGCAUUUAUUAAAUUAUAUUUCUUAGGACAGACAAGUUUUGAGAACAAGUUUGAAUAAAAUAGAAUGCUGUACAGAAUGUGUUAAGAUGUGAUACUACUAGAUAUGAUACUACAAUCAUUAGAGUGUUCGUUUGAUAUGUUAAGUAUCAAACUUUAUUAAUUAUUGGUUAUGCACUGGUCAUUUAAUACAGAAAGGAGGAGAAUGUCCUCAAAUAUAUAUAAAUGUAACAUAUCAAUGUAAAAGACGUGAUAAAAUGACAAUAUCAUUUUUUUAUGAAAGCUGCUUACUACAAAGAAUACUUUUCAUUUUGAUAAAAUUUUAGAAACCGCAUGAUUGGACAAGUUAGAUUCUAACUAUGAAAACAAAUGAACAAGGUGCUUAAUGUAACCACAAAUUUUAGAUUACAGUUGUCGUAUCUAGGACAGUAACUGUACGCAUAUCCAGAACUGUCUGUCUUAUAUAAUGGUAGCGUGCAUAUGUAAGAAUAGACGUAAGAUUUGAAAAUGUAAUCAAGUACAUUAUAAUGCAGGCCUCUAAAAAUUGAAUGCAUAAGACUGAAUACGCAAUUGUGCUUGUAAAAUGUAGCGAGGGGUUUACCUAAGAUAUUAAAAGAAUAAGCGUGCAUGUAUAUUAUGAUACAAUAAUGUAUAGAAGAAUGAAUUUAGGUGUACAUAAUACUGUUAAUGUGUACAAUAUAAUACCACGAUAACAUUGUAUAAUAGUGUCAUAAUAUUAUAUUUAAUUUGAAAAGAGAAAAAAUUAUAACCAGAAAGAUAAUUUUAGAAAUGAAUGCCGAAUUAGAAUAAAGCUAGCAUUAUCUUUACUUGUCAAUGUUUUGGUGUAAUAGUUAAGAAUUAUGUUUAGAUUAUUAUAUUGUCAGAUAUAAUACAAUCAAGUAUUAUUAUCACAA